UUUCAAAACAACGAGGGUCGCUUUUCUCCUUUGGAGCCGCUUUGUUUAGGAAGAGCCAAAGAAAAAAGCCGCGUUAAUGGGCGGGAGGCUUAGGUUAUUUGGGAGAUAGCGGGACACGGAAAAAUUCCAAAUUCUGAUCGCUUCCAUCACUGCUGGAGCUCUCGACCUUGGAACGGCUCAGCCAGAUUAAAAUGAUGAAAAAUGUCCACCUGGCACCCGAAGCAGAUGAAGAUGAUCUUUAUUCUGGUUAUAAUGAUUAUAACCCUACUUUUGAUACAGAGGAUUUAGAGAAUGAUCCAGCUUUUCAACAGGCUGUGAAAACUAGCCAUGGUAGAAGGCCUCCACUUACGGCCAAAGUUCCAGGUACAUCAAGUACACGGACUUUAGUUACAGGGUAUGUGUCAAAGACAACAUUGUCUUCAUCAAUGGGCAGACCAAUGACAGCAGCUGUACAGGAUGGUGUUACUCGGCCUAUGACAGCAGUGCAGGCAGCAGGUUACACCAAAGCAGCUUCAAGAGAUUACGAAACAUCCUUCCUCAGGAGUGAUGCUUGGUGCAACAUAUAUGGUUCUGCAUUUGAUCCUCUUGGCCAGGCAAGAGGCCCAGCUCCUCCUCUAGAAACAAAGAAUGAAGAUAGUCCAGAAGGAAAGAUUAAACAGUUAGAAAAAAAAGUGAAUGAAUUGGUUGAAGAAAGCUGCAUUGCUCACAGCUGUGGAGAUUUAAAAUUGGCUCUAGAAAAGGCGAAAGAUGCUGGAAGAAAAGAAAGAGCCUUAGUAAGACAACGUGAACAGACAAUGUCUCCUGCUAAUAUUAACCUUGAUCUUACUUAUACUGUACUCUUCAAUCUGGCUAGCCAAUACUCUGCUAAUGAAAUGUAUGCAGAAGCACUAAAUACAUAUCAGGUCAUCGUAAAAAACAAAAUGUUUGUCAAUGGAGGUAUGCUGAAAGUGAACAUGGCAAAUAUUUAUUUGAAACAAAGGAACUAUUCAAAAGCUAUCAAGUUCUAUCGAAUGGCUCUAGAUCAGAUUGCAAGUGUCCACAAGGAAAUGAGGAUUAAAAUAAUGCAGAACAUUGGAGUUGCGUUUAUUAAAACCGGCCAAUAUACUGAUGCCAUUAGCUCUUUUGAGCACAUUAUGAGCACAUCGCCAAACUUAAAAGCAGGCUUCAACUUGAUCUUGUGCUACUUUGCUACUGGAGACAGAGAUCAGAUGAAAAAAGCCUUCCAAAAACUGCUUGCUGUUCCACUGGAAAUUGAUGAUGAUGACAAAUACAUUUCACAAGGAGAUGAUCCCCAUACAAACCUGUUGAUAGAAGCUAUUAAGAAUGAUAGCUUACGACAAAUGGAACGUGAAAGGAAAGCUACAGCAGAAAAGUAUAUUAUGACAGCUGCUAAACUAAUUGCUCCAGCAAUUGAAACUUCAUUUGCAGUAGGUUAUGACUGGUGUGUAGAGAUGGUAAAAACAUCUCAAUAUGUAGAGUUAGCCAAUGACCUGGAAAUCAAUAAAGCAAUUACCUAUUUGCGGCAAAAAGAUUUUAAUCAGGCUGUUGACACUUUAAAGAUGUUUGAAAAAAAGGACAGCAGAGUUAAAAGCGCAGCUGCAACAAAUCUUUCUUUUCUAUACUUUUUGGAAAAUGAGAUCAUACAAGCAAGCAAUUAUGCAGAUUUAGCUGUAAAUUCUGACAGAUACAAUCCAGCUGCUCUGACAAAUAAAGGAAAUACCAUUUUCAUAAAUGGAGAUUAUGAGAAGGCAGCAGAGUUUUAUAAGGAAUCCUUAAGGAAUGACUCAUCAUGCACCGAAGCGCUUUAUAAUAUCGGUUUAUCAUACAAAAAGCUGAAUAGACUAGAUGAAGCAUUGGAUUCUUUUCUGAAGCUUCAUGCAAUUCUUCGAAAUAGUGCCCAGGUUCUCUUCCAAAUUGCAAGCAUAUAUGAAUUAAUGGAGGACCCUAAUCAAGCCAUUGAGUGGCUUAUGCAACUUAUUAGUGUUGUUCCCACUGACUCACACGCAUUGGCAAAACUUGGGGAACUCUAUGAUAGUGAAGGCGACAAGUCUCAAGCUUUUCAAUAUUAUUAUGAGUCCUAUCGGUAUUUCCCUUCAAAUAUUGAGGUCAUAGAAUGGCUUGGCGCCUAUUACAUUGACACACAAUUUUGUGAAAAAGCCAUUCACUACUUUGAAAGAGCAGCACUUAUUCAGCCAACCCAGGUGAAAUGGCAAUUGAUGGUUGCCAGCUGCUAUAGAAGAAGUGGUAACUAUCAAAAAGCUCUGGACACCUACAAGACAAUUCAUAGAAGGUUUCCAGAUAAUGCUGAAUGUUUACGGUUCUUGGUUCGACUCUGCACAGAUAUGGGAAUGAAAGAAAUGCAAGAAUAUGCAACAAAGCUUAAAAGAGUAGAAAAAUUGAAAGAACUAAGGGAACAGCGUGUCAGGUCUGGCAGAAAUGGCAGCGCCCGUGCUCGCAGAGAAGGGAGUGCUGGAGGUGAACCUGGUAGCACAACAAUCAAAGGAGAACGUCUGAGUGCGAAAUUGAAAUCUUUGCCAGGAACAAAUGAGCCAUAUGAAAGUAGUGUUAAUAAAGAAAUAGAUGCUUCCUACCUGGAUCCACUUGGACCUCAAGCUGAGAGGCCAAAAACAGCACUAAGGAAAAAAAUGGAUGAAGAUGAGUUUGCUGAUGAAGACGUAGGCGAUGAUCUGCUUCCAGAAUAACUUUUUAGACCAAUUCAAUUAUUUUUUAAAAGUUUCAAAAGAAAAAUAAAUUCUUAAUAGAGAUUUAUAUUUAUUUGAACACUAUAUAUAUAUGAAAUCUUUAUUUUAAGUAAAGUUUUUAUAGUAAGAAUUUAAAAUCUUAUGCAUUUGUUAUCAAUCAUAUCUUUUAUCUCGUAUCUUUUAUGCUCACCCAAACUGCCUAAAUGAUGACCUAUGGGACCUAUGAACAGCCUAAGGCUGAAGCAUUAAGCAACUUUAUAUCAUAACCCAUGUUAUGGUAGGCCUUGAUAAGCAUAGAGUUUUGUUGGAGAGCAAUUGCUCAUCCUAAGAUGUCUACUUGAAGUAUUGCCACUGAAAGGAAAGCUUAAGGGGCAAGCCAUCAGUGGUAGGACAUCAGUCAUGGAAGCCAAAAACAAUGGUGAUGGUAGGUGGAUUUGUUAAUCGUAUCAGCCCUUCCCAGCUCUUCAUGGCUGAUUCAGGAGAACCAUUCCAGAGCAUUUGGGGGAAUACUUUAGAAAAUGAAUUGAGAAUAUCUAACAAUGCUAACUAUGGAGAUAAACUACAAUUUGUAAGUGUAAGAAAUUUUAAUCAUUCUUAAUCAUUAUUUGAUUGUAUUUGACCACAAUUGGUCCAUGUUUUUCAAAUUGCAAAAUGUGAAUUCCCUGUCUUGUACACAGCAAAAUUUUAUACAGUUUUGUGCACAUGAGAUUUAUUUAUGCCAUAUGAUAAUCUCAGAAUAUUUUUUUAACCAAGUGAAGUUGUUCCUUACUGUAACUCAAGCAAUUUUCUAUAAACCAUCCUACACCUGCAAGGUUAACUCUGUUCCAUAUUUUUUUUUGCGUCUGAAAAAACUGCAGCACACCAUCUGUCAAGAAUGUGUGUCUAACAAUGUUCUAAUCUCAGAGUCAACUUCAUUUUCUGCAGCGAUUGUGGGAAUUACUCCACAA